AUGAGAUUUGAGAAUAUGAACUCCUGGUGUGUCAUUGUCAAGAGCGCGUCGCAGGCAUCAUCCUGCUUUGUGGUGAGCGCCCCUGACUCCUUGACUACUCACCGCAUCUUGGUCGCUGUGUCGGUCAACAACUUCAAGGUUUCAAAGGUGGAACCUUCUCGCGUCAAUUGCAUCGCUAGUAACCUGCACAGAGCCAUUCUUGCCAUCCUUGGAAUCCUGACCCUUCUCGCCCAGCGUGGAGCCACCGCUCGGCGAGCCAGCCUGCUGUUCCUUGAAUCUCCUGUGCCGCGGCUUGCCGCCGAGGUCCGAAAUCAUGAACCUGAAGGUGUUGACCAGCGUCGUUCUGCCCUCGUAUAUGGGGAAAAGUCCAACGGCGCCGAGGGAGCAGAAGAUCCAGAUGAUGCCGAUGGCGACCUGCGUAGAGAAGCUUACCAUGCCAAAGACCAACGUGAAGAUCGGUAUCAGCACCACGGGCGCCAGCAGAGCGACCACGUUGCCCGCCAGCAUCGGGUUGUUGGAGCCGGUGCACUUGACGUCGAGCACGCCGCACUCGCGCUUGGCAGUCGCGAGCCAGGCCGCGAUGGCAGCCACCAGGCCGCAGAUGGGCGACAGCGUGGCGGCCCACUUGUUCAGGCCGGACCAGGUCAGGGUCAGGGCGGCGGGCAGGACGGCCGCGGAGAUGAUGACGCCCAUCAUGACGUACAGGUAGCCCAUGCUGAUGCCGGCGUACCAGAGGCCGACGGAGAAGGUGGCGAUGAAGGCGGCGUACCCGACCACGAUGCAGUGGCUGAUCCAGAUCAGACGCUUGCCACUGGCGCCGGGGUUGAAGUGAAGAUGGACGAGACGGCGAUGAGCUCGGACGAGGUGGCCGACGUGACUGCCAUGAAGUGCCACGGCCGCGUAAGGGAGCACGAGGCCCUCGGACACUUCGCCGUCGGACAUGCGGUUCGGAAAGGUAGGGAAGCGUGGGCUGCUCUCGAGCGCGAUGGCGGCCAGACCCAUCGUGGUCGCGGUCAGCCAGGGAAUGGCGAACCAGGACAGGCCGCCGAGGAUGUAGCCCGGAAGGGCGUGGACGGGCGACGCGGCGAUGGCCUUGUUGUAGUAGCCGUUGUCGAGAAAGACGGUGCCGAAGUUGCCGACGAUGUUGAUGACGAAGAAGAUGGCGCCCUCCCUGGACUGCAUCGUCAGAUAGCUGCCAUCCUUGUUGCCGUCGACGGGGUGGCGGGAUGCUGCCUCGACGAGCAGGUCGUACACGGCCGACGGGGAGCCAAGGUCUUCCGACGUGGCGUAGGUCGUGAGCGCGAAUAUGAUGAUGAUGACGAGCAGGAUGAAGGUGUGGACCCAGUCGGUCAGGAUGGUCGCCUUCAGGCCUCCGACCAUGGUGUAGGCCACAACGCCCACAGGGAGAAGGUAAAUGGCGGCGAUGGUAUGCAUCCCGGUGAGGGCAUUGACGGUGGCCGAGCCGCCGACGAUGAGCAUCAGAGACACCAGGAUGUUGGUGACGAGACCAAAUACCAUAAAGGUGAUGUGGGCGGCGGUGCCGAACCGCGCCUUGAUGACUUCGAGGAAUGUGUGGGCAUUAGGUGCGCGACGCUUCAGCUCGAUGGCCAGGGUCGCGAAAAGGAUGAUCUGGACCGUGGCGCCGCUCGCAUACCUGAGAUCAAAGGGACACCGGUGGAUUGGAGGAGCGUGGCCGCCCAUGUCCACGACGACACGACAGCCGACCCGACAAGACCGGAUUUUACGGUCCUGCCGGCCGUGUUGAACAUCUCGGAUGUUUGCAACUCAGCAUUGUAA